AAUCUUGGGAAUAAAUUCAUUCAAUCUAUAAAAGAAGAUUGUGGGGAUAAUGUGACAUUGAAUUUACCAACUGUUAAAGGAGAUAAUACUAUAGUUAUCAAAGGACCCGAAGAUGAUGUUAAAAAUGUUAUUACACAAAUUCAGACAAUGGUUGAUGAAGUUCAUAAAUAUGUGUUUGAUUUGAAAGUAAAUCCGAAGUUUCACAAACAUUUAAUUGGAACAAAUGGGGUCAAUGUUAAAAAGAUCAGACAUUUAACGAAUACAAGAAUAAUUUUCCCGUCUGAAACUGAUUCCACUAAUGAAAGUAUAACUAUUGUUGGUAAAAAAGAGAAUGUUAAUAUAGCAAAAGCAAAAUUUGAAGUUAUGAUAACCGAUAUUGGUAAGGUCAUCGAAGAACAUGUAGAAAUCAAUGAAAAGAAUCAUGGCACUUUAGUUGUCAAACAAAAAGAAUGUAUACACAAAUUGAAAAAUGAAUGUGGCGAUGUUAAAAUUGAAUUUCCUAAUCUUGGUGCUGGAGAUAGAGUUGUAAUCAGUGAUAGUAAAGCAGAUGUUGCUCUUUCUAAACAAAGACUUUCAGACCAUGCUAAAGUUUUGUAUUUUGGUGUAGAAAUAAUUGAAGAAGGACUAGGAAAUACUAAUCCUACUGUAUCUGAAGCUCUAGGUUUAUGA